AAGAGAACGGGACUCCAACUGGAAUAAGAGCAAAAUAUGAACAUACACACAGAUGAAGGAGCGCGUGGGUUUGUGCGCGUGUUUCUUGUACAUGUUUGUUUCCGUUAUUGUUGUUCGCAGCUCUGAGAUCAGAUCUGGCAACCCCGCGCGCUCGCGCUGCGCCCGCAGAGCUAGCCGAGGACGGGCAGGACCAGACAGAACCGCGCAGGCAUCUUCCCGCUCCGCUCCGGCUCAAGGAUGGCCAACAAGUUUGAUGGCAUUACCAUAGUAACGGGUCACACCUUAAACGAUGAAUCCCUCAACGAUCACACCCUGCACCAUCUGCCAGACAUUAAUCCACAGAGGAUCUACAUGGAUUAUAAUGCCACCACCCCUCUGGAACCAGAGGUGAUGCAGGCUGUGUCUGAAGCUCUCCAAGAUGCCUGGGGAAACCCUAGCAGCAACCACAUAGCAGGUGCCACGGCUAGAUCCAUAAUUAAUCAGUCCAGACAGAGUGUUGCCAGAAUGGUGGGUGGUAAAGCAGAGGACAUUAUUUUCACCUCAGGUGGAACAGAGGCCAACAACCUGGUGCUGCACACUGCUGUGGAGUACUUCAAGAAAAGCUGCGGCGCUGCAGAUCAGGGCGAGGGCCUCCAGAACGGCUGCCAUGGCCUGCCGCACUUCAUCACUUCAAACGUAGAGCACGACUCCAUCAGACGAGUAGCUUUACAUCUUGAGAAGGAAGGAAAGGCGGAUGUGACGUUUGUUCCCGUGUCUCGAGUGAGCGGCCGUGUAGAAGUGGAGGAUAUUAUCGCUGCUGUACGUCCUGCCACCUGUCUCAUCUCCGUCAUGCUGGCCAACAAUGAGACCGGAGUCAUCAUGCCACUUCAGGAGAUCUGCCAGCGAGUCAAGUUUCUCAACAAGCAGAGAGAGCGGCUCAGGAUCCUGGUGCACACGGACGCCGCCCAGGCGCUGGGGAAGAUCCCAGUGGAUGUCCAGGAACUGGGAGUGGAUUAUCUAACUAUAGUAGGCCAUAAGUUUUAUGCUCCCAGAAUAGGAGCUCUGUUUGUGAACGGUCCUGGAUCAAGAACGCCGCUGUACCCCAUGCUGUUUGGAGGAGGACAGGAGCGGAACUUCAGGCCAGGAACUGAAAACACGCCGAUGAUUGCUGGUCUGGGGAAGGCUUCUGAACUUGUGACCUUGAAUCUGUCGGAAUACUCGAGCCAUAUGCAAAGUAUAAAACUGUACUUGGAGGAACAAAUGGAGAGCGUCUUCAGAGACAAGAUUCGCUUCAACAACCGUUUUCCCGGCUCUGACAUCCUGCCAAAUACAACUAACAUGUCCAUCUUGGGCCCAACGUUACAAGGCUGGAGGGUGUUAUCCACCUGCAGGAGACUUCUAGCCAGCGUUGGUGCUGCCUGCCACUCAGCAAGUGGAAACAGGCCUUCCUACAUCCUGCUGAGCUGCGGCGUCCCCUCAGAAGUGGCGGUGAACGCGCUGAGGGUGAGCGUGGGCAGAGGAACCACCAAAUCUGAGGUUGAUGCUGUGGUGGAGGACCUGAGGGAGACCGUGCAGCUGCUGGAAGAUAUGAACUGAUGGCUUUGGGGGGUUCAAGGUUUUUCAAGAUGCCAUAAAAUGUACAAGAUAUUUAUUAAAGAAAAUCUUGGCUGGAGAA